AUGAAGUCGUCACUGCUUCUACUCCCCGCGCUACAAGCUCUCCUUAGCUAUGCUUUUAGCACAGGAGGGCGACCCGACGACUUAAUAUGGGACCUAGCUGAGAAGCGGCAAGCUGGGCAAGAUAUUGUCACUUGGGAUGAGCACUCUCUCUUUGUUAAAGGAGAGAGAGUGCUAAUAUUCAGUGGGGAGAUCCAUCCCUUCAGACUUCCCGUGCCGUCUCUGUGGCUGGACAUUUUCCAGAAAAUCAAGGCUUUGGGAUUCAACGCCGCCUCAUUUUACGUGGAUUGGGCACUUUUGGAAGGCAAGCCUGGAGAGUUCAAAGCAGAAGGGGUCUUUGACUUUAAGCCUUUCUUCGAAGCUGCUCAAUCCGCCGGGAUUUAUCUCAUUGCCAGGCCUGGCCCUUAUAUCAACGCCGAAGUGAGUGGUGGUGGCUUCCCCGGUUGGCUACAGCGAGUGCGAGGUACCCUUCGAACAAGAGCACCAGACUACCUUAAUGCGACGAGCUAUUAUAUGGAAAACAUCGGAAAGAUUAUUGCGGAUGCCCAAAUCACAAAUGGUGGCCCAGUAAUCUUGUUUCAACCAGAGAACGAAUACACUGUAGCCAACAGUUUCGCGCCAUUUCCAGAUGGAGACUACAUGGAAUAUGUGAUCCAACAAGCGCGAGACGCAGGAAUAGUCGUGCCUUUCAUUAGCAACGACGCAAGUCCCUAUGGCUACAAUGCCCCAGGUACUGGCGUGGGAGAGGUUGAGAUCUAUGGACAUGAUGGCUACCCCGUGGGCUUUGACUGCGCGCAUCCUACGACUUGGCCUAGCAAGGGCCUUCCGACAAAUUGGAGAAACUUACAUUUGAAGCAGAGCCCGACAACACCAUAUUCCCUUCUCGAGUUCCAAGCUGGUAGUUUUGAUCCGUGGGGAGGAUGGGGUUUCGACCAGUGCAGUGAGUUGGUGAAUCAUGAAUUCGAACGGGUGUUCUACAAGAAUAACUAUGCAGCGGGUGUAACAAUCAACAACCUUUACAUGAUCUUUGGUGGAACUAAUUGGGGAAAUUUGGGACAUCCGGGAGGUUAUACUUCCUACGAUUAUGGCAGUGUCAUCAAAGAGGACCGAACUGUCACGCGAGAGAAAUAUUCGGAGCUUAAGUUGCAGGUGACUUUCCUGCAAUCAAGUCCCGAUUAUCUCACCGCUGUUCCUGGAAACAGCUCGACCAGCCUCUAUAGCGACAACCCUGAUAUCACUGUUACACCAAUGCUAUCAAACAGCACUGAUCAUGCCUCUUUCUUCGUCAUUCGUCAUACCAACUACACUAGCCUUGCAUCAACUAAGUAUAGGGUGACACUGCCUACAUCUCAAGGAGACCUCACAGUUCCCCAGACAAACCAGUCGCUCAGUUUGAAUGGUCGAGACUCAAAGAUCAUGGUUACGGACUACGACGUCCAAGGUACUCGAUUGUUAUACUCCACUGCAGAUGUGUUUACACAUGCGAAAGUCGACAACCAGACCGUGCUCAUCUUGUAUGCUGGGGCCGGUGAAUAUAAUGAGUUCGCCAUUGAAGCGCCGAAUGCUGCGGUUAAGAGCCUUCAGGGGGGCUCUUCUUACAGCGUCGUAGGCAACAACUCUUCUAGCUUGACGGUCAUUGGUUGGACGGCAAAGCCGGAAGAAUCCAUACUUCAAGUUACUGAAGGUCUAGUUGUAUAUCUGCUGGACCGCAAUACAGCUUACAACUACUGGCUCACCGAUAUCGACAACACGGAUUCGAAGCUAAUCAUCAAUGGUCCCUAUCUCGUACGAUCCGCAUCGAUAAGUAACGACGAAUUGCACAUCAAGGCUGAUUUCAACGCAUCCACAAAGGUUGAAAUCGUAGGCAUCCCAGCAGGAACUACCAAACUCUUCGUCAAUGGCGCCGAGACUGAAACGCAAGCAUCAACUCUUGGAAAGUUGGCUGAUCUGUCAAUAAAUGCACCUUCAUUCAACACCCCUGCCCUAUCAGAGCUUGAAUGGAAAUACAUCGACUCACUUCCAGAGCUUCAGGAAGGAUAUGACGACUCGUCAUGGACGGUUGCCGACAAGAUAACGACAGAUAACACAUUCCAACGCCUCAUCACUCCUGUUUCUACAUAUUCAUCGGAUUACGGUUUCCACACCGGCGUACUAGUCUACCGAGGUCAUUUUAACGCCACAGGACGUGAAGCCAACUUCUCAGUAUGGACACAAGGUGGAAGUGGGUUUGCUUCGUCGGUUUGGUUAGACGACCACCUACUAUCAUCAUUUACUGGCAACGCGGCAAACUCGAGCGCCAAAGUGAAGUACGACGUCACAGGGGUUACGCUCGAAGCUAGCACGGAGCACGUGCUUACCGUAGUUGUAGAAAACAUGGGGCUAGAUGAGGACUAUAAUGUUGCCGAUGACACGAUGAAAGCGCCACGGGGCAUACUAGGUUGGCGGCUUGAGACCUCCCAGUCGACGGAUACACCCAUUACCUGGAAGCUUACCGGCAAUCUUGGUGGCGAGGACUAUAUUGAUCAAAUUCGUGGCCCGCUAAACGAGGGUGGGCUAUUUAUAGAGAGACAGGGUUACCACCUUCCUGGCGCCCCGACAGACUCUUGGGAAUCUCACUCCCCGCUUGAGGGCCUCGGUCUUCCAGGCAUUGCUUUCUAUGCUACCUCCUUUGACCUCGAUCUACCAUCGGAUGAAUGGGAUAUCCCGCUCGCGUUCUCCUUCUCCAAUGACACGGCGUCUUCUGGCAUCUACCGGGCCCAGCUGUACGUCAACGGGUGGCAGUUUGGCAAGUUAAGCAGCAACAUCGGUCCCCAGACGGUGUUCCCUGUACCGGAGGGCAUCCUCAACUACCACGGGUCGAACUAUGUCGGUAUCUCGCUAUGGGCGCUCGAAGAAGGUGGCGCGAAGAUCCCUGGUCUUGAGCUCGUGCCUGGGGUGCCUGUAUGGACGGGCAGGGAAAAGGUUACGCUGGUUGACAGUCCUACCUGGACGCAACGCGAAGGGGCUUACUAA